AUGGAGACGGCCAACGCUCAGGAGCUGCUCCGAUCGAACCUCUCUAGGGUGCGCAUACCGGAGCCCACGAACCGCGUCUACAAAUCAGAGUGCUGCGUCUCCUUUGAUAAUCCGAGGUCAGAAGGGGGGCUGUACAUUGACAUGAACACGUUUCUUGCUUUCGGGAAAGAUUGUGUGGGUUGGAACUAUGAGAAGACGGGGAACCCUGUUUAUUUGCACAUAAAGCAGACGAGGAAGUUGAUUCCCGAAGACAGGCCUUCAAAGAAGCCAACCCUUUUGGCUAUAGGUAUUGAAGGUGGUUUUGACAACAAUGAAGCUGAAUAUGAAGUAACUUACAGCAUAGUAGUACUUCCUGGACAUGUGACAUUUCCAUUCCCUUCUGUGGAGUUACCAGAGAAGGUGAUACUUGCUGCUGAUGCCAUUUUAAGGGCCGAAGGUGCAGAGCGAAAAGAGCAACUUGCUGCUUGGACCGCAGAUACAAAGAAAGUUAGUGCGCAUGCAAUGGAUUUGAAACAGAUUAACAAUGGUGUUGUUAUUCCUCCGUCUGGUUGGAAAUGUGUCAAAUGUGAGAAAAGGGAUAAUCUCUGGCUGAAUCUUACUGAUGGAUUCAUCCUUUGUGGCCGGAGGAAUUGGGAUGGAACUGGUGGUAACAACCAUGCAAUUGAUCACUACAAGGAGACAGGCCAUCCUCUUGCUGUCAAACUGGGGACAAUAACUUCAGACUUGGAAGCAGCAGAUGUAUUCUCUUACCCCGAGGAUGACAGUGUUUUGGACCCACUUUUGGCGCAACAUUUGUCCUUUUUUGGAAUUGAUUUUUCAUCCUUAAAGAAGACAGAAAUGACAACUGCUGAAAGGGAACUUGACCAGAAUAUCAAUUUCGAUUGGAAUCGAAUUCAAGAAAGUGGGCAGGAUUUAGAACCUAUCUUUGGUCCAGGUUAUACAGGACUCGUGAAUCUUGGUAAUAGCUGCUACAUGGCAGCAACUAUGCAAGUUGUGUUCUCUACACAGUCCUUCAGUUCACGAUACUACAAGAAUCAAGCUUUGAAACUAGCAUUUGAGACUGCUCCUUCUGACCCGACGGUGGACUUGAAUAUGCAGCUCACAAAGCUGGGACAUGGUUUAUUGUCUGGGAAGUAUUCUGUUCCUGCACCAGAGGUAGAUGAUAUCGCAGAUUCUGCAACCUCCGCUAGUACGAAACAAGAAGGAAUACCUCCUCGCAUGUUCAAAGCGGUCGUUGCUGCAAGUCAUCCUGAGUUUUCUUCAAUGAGGCAGCAGGAUGCAUUGGAAUUCUUCCUACAUUUUCUUGACCAAGUUGAGCUUGGGAAUGUUGCGAAACCUGAUGCUGAUCCUUCAAGGAGUUUUAAGUUUGGUAUUGAAGAGCGUAUCCAAUGUUCUUCUGGAAAAGUUGCUUAUAACCGAAGGCACGAUUAUAUUCUUUCAUUGAAUAUUCCCUUGCAUGAAGCUACUAAUAAAGAAGAAUUAGAAGCCUUCCACAAAACUCAAAAAGAUUCUGAAGGGAAAGAUGUAUCCAGCAACGAAAUAGUACGCCCACGAGUACCUUUAGAAGCAUGCCUGGCUAACUUUUCAGCUCCGGAGGAGAUACAGGAUUUUUACAGCACUGCUUUGAGGGCUAAGACCAUGGCUAUAAAGAAAGCUGGUUUAACUUCAUUUCCUGAUUACUUGGUGUUGCACAUGCGUAAAUUUGUUAUGGAGGAGGGUUGGGUUCCCAAAAAGCUAGAUGUCUACGUAGAUGUACCCGACAUUAUAGAUAUAAGUCACAUGAGAAGCAAGGGCCUUCAACCUGGGGAGGAGCUUUUGCCUGAUGGUGGCCCUGAGACUGAGGUAGAAUCAAAUGAAGUUGCAGCCAAUGAUGAUAUUGUCGUCCAGCUUAUGUCGAUGGGUUUUGGCCAUAUUCCUUGUCAAAAGGCUGCAAUAAACACACUAAAUGCUGGCGUAGAAGAGGCAAUGAAUUGGUUGCUUUCUCAUAUGGAUGACCCAGAUAUUGAGGCUCCAAUUCCCAAAGGUUCACAAGGAGGACCUGGAGUUGUUGAUCAGUCGGCAGUUCAGACCUUGAUCUCAUUUGGAUUUGAAGAAGAAGUGGCUAAGAAGGCACUGAAAGCUUCGGGUGGUGACAUUGAGAAAGCUACAGAUUGGAUAUUCAACAAUCCUGGUGGCUCUGGCUCAUCUGACAUGGAUACUACUACUUCAAGCAGUACACCUACAACUGAUACUACUGCUGGCCUACCUGAUGGAGGAGGGAAAUACCGACUAUUUGGAAUAGUUUCACACAUCGGAACCUCAACACAAUGCGGGCAUUAUGUUGCUCAUGUUCUGAAGGACGGAAGAUGGGUGAUUUUCAAUGACACCAAGGUCGGGGUUUCUGUGAACCCACCAAAGGACAUGGGCUACUUGUACUUCUUCGAGAGGAUCAACAACUGA